AUGCCGGAUGCUAAUGAGCAAGCUCCUCUGCUGCGAUCCAGAACGGCUUCUGCUUACAGGACGGUUUGGUCGAGACCGGCCUUCACAUUUUCUCUGCCCUUUACUGUGUGCACAACGCUUGCGCUCAUGUCGUCGGCAAAUUAUACUUCUGUGGGCCCUGGUCUCGAAGCAGUGCGCACGCUUGCAUGCUCUGAAUACCUACACGCUCAAUCUGGCGGCGGAGAGCAACAAUGUCAUUCUGUCGAGGUUGACAGACGUACAGCAGCGAUCAUCACCGCCGCUUCAAGCAUCAGCAGCCUGACAUCCGCAAUCUCUGGUCUGGCUUUCGCCCCAUGGUUAUGUUCACACAUCUGUCCGAGAAAGCUGAUGCUGUUGUGCACCCUCGUACCUGCGAUCGAUUACAUCUGCCAAGACUACGUCUUGGGCUCAGCCAAGUUCAGCUGGCUGACACCCACGCUGAAGCUAAGAUUCAUCCUUCUAGACUCUUUCGUGAUGGGAAUCCUGGCAGUCGACUUGGUGAUGCAGAUUCUUUCCCAGAGCUUACUCUUACGGAGCGCGUCAGACAGCGCAAAGUCGCGGUAUCUUGCGUUUGGAACCGCCAGCAAUUAUCUCGGCAUGGUAAUCUGCGUACUCCCCCUCCGGAUUCUUGAAAAAGCAACAUAUUCUCUUCCAGCUGCCGACGCUGUCAACACCUUUCCCUUCAAGAUCUCGUCAGCAUUUUGCAUCGCUGCAACCCUGUGGGUAGUCACGACCAUUCCACGUCAAUCAGCGGCUAAUAGUGCUGAAGACGCGUCUGCUGAGCGCACAAGUCCUUCGCAAGUCUCAAGCUCUGAAGCGACAACCAUUAUGCAACCGGCUUGUGGCCCUUCUCCAGGUGUAGAAGAGCGCAGAUGGCCUGCGCGUUUGCGAGCCUCGUUUCGGCCUUUGGCGCUGCUGAGUCCUCUCCGCGACGGCACCUCUCGAGAUUGGAGCUUGGUGUGCGUGCUCAUCGCCGCUAGUCUUUGCAGCCAGAUUGGAAUUGCUACUGCUAACACCAUCAUCUUUGCACAAGCCCAGUUUGCGUUCCACUCGGAUGAAAUCAGUGCGCUGCUCGGCGUGCAAGGAGCAUUGAAAAUCACGUUCUUACUUGCACUCUUUCCCUUCGUCAAGCAAAUUCUCCAGCGGCGCAGCGGCGCACGCUACGCUCACGUGCGGUCGUUAAACAUGCUUUCUUACGAAUCCAACCAUGGUGCCGCGCCACUCCCCGACGUUCCAGGACGCGUCGACUUGGAAUUUGCCAAGGUCUCUCUCUUGUUUGACGUGGGAGGAUGGGCGCUUAUGACAAUUGGUGGCGCUCUGCACAGUUUGCCCACAUUCAUCGCCGGAUUGAUUGUCUAUGAACUAUCGGCAGCAACCGGACCCACGCUCGUUUCGCUGGGUACAAUCCUACUUGCUCGGCUUCCCGGUCAGAAUUC